CCUCCCGCGGGAGACCCUCCCUUUGUGACUCCAGAUCACCUCCUGGUUGCUUCGCUUCAAUGUCCGCGGCAGCCGGGGGGAUCGUACAAGGGAAUCAAGAACCCCAUCCUUCUCGUGCCGGGUACAGGCACGAAUGGCAGCGAGGCAUACGACCGCUCACAAGUCCCGAUGACUGCCUCUCUCGGGUACCAACCGUGCUACAUCAACCCUAUCAACCACACACAAGCCGACAUCCAGAUCAGCGUCGAGUACCUCGUGCGAGCCCUUCAGCUCCUACGCGCCGAGUCGAGCAGGAAAGUUCCCACAAUCGGCGGCUCGCAAGGUAAUCUGAUUGCCCAAUGGGCCUACGCCUUCUACCCUUCCGCGCGCCAGAACGCUCUCAGUCACUUUUCCAUGGCGGGUGAUUUCAAAGGCACCAAAUUGGCUCCAAUAGCCAUCACCACUGGUUUGGGCACGGCCACACCCGCCGUCUGGCAGCAGAACUACGGCAGUCAUCUCGUCACAGCCCUCGCAAACGCUGGUGGGCUCAAUGCUCAGAUUCCCACUACGUCCGUCUACUCCGCCACGGAUGAGAUUCUCCAGCCGGAGGGUCCCACACCAGAGACGGCAACUUCCUACCUGUACGGCGCAACGAACGUCCGCCUGCAAGACGUGUGCGGCCCUGCCUUCGUCAUGGGGCAUGUUCAGCAUUUCACCAACUCUUUUGUCUUCAAGAUCUUGCAGGCCCACCUGGCCAGCCCGACGCGCAUGGCCCAGCCUGCCUCGAUUCGGGCGACGGACUGCUCGCUUCUCUUGGCCUCGCCGCCACUGACUGCGGAGGACAAGCUGCACUUCCAGGAUGCGAACGUGUUCAGUCAGAUCAAUGCGAAUCAGCCGGAUACGUACAAGCCGCGUUGUGAGCCAUUACUGAGGGAUUAUGCGAGAAUUUUC